AUGGCCACCUCUCUCGCUGCUCAAUUGGCGCAGGUGGCCGCUAACUCAAAGUCGACUCUCAACGUCAAGGCGCAAAAGGCUGCGCAUUCCAAAUCGCUGAUCUGGGAACCUCGAGUCGCCGCGACCCAGAACUACCAGACUCUCUACACCACCUGCUUCCAGGGCUUCGAGGAACUUUGCCAGCUCGAUGCGAGAUUUGCGCCUUUCCAGGCUACAAUUUUUAGCGAGGAGAGUCAGAACCAAGACCGUACUCAGCUUACAGCCUCUGAGAAUGAGGAGCUGGACCGACGAGUCGGGGCCUUCCUGCGUCUCGCAGGCAGUCGCCUUAGGCUAAUGCCUGCUAUCAAGUCUAUUGAAUGGCUCAUCCGAAGAUUUAGAAUCCAUGAGGAAAACACCCAAGCUCUGCUUCUCGCAUUUCUCCCCUACCACUCGAUCCCGGCCUUCGCGACCCUUCUAUCGAUUCUCCCCAACAAGAUCCCACACGACUUCCGCUUCCUCGACCCUUACAUUCGAUCCGUUACCUCGCCGCCCCGAUCUGUCUUGGUUCGCCAGGCUAUCCAGCACCCUGCCUUCUUGACCCUCAUCUCUGAGUACACCCUCGAGUCAUGCCGCAUGCAAUACAACUAUCCUGCCCUGGUUUCUUUCUGGGCGGGUAUCAUGACUGAGGCCAUCAGUGGCAUCCUGGACAAGACGAGGUCAGGCCGGGCCGCCGUCCAGAGCGAGAACGACCAAGCUCUGCUUCAUCGCCUCGGCCCCAUCUUUGCGGAAUCAUUGGUUAUGAAGAAGGUUCCCAGUGUUCAAAUUGCCUCGUACAUGGCAAUUGCCGUGUUUGUGUCCAAGGGAAAUCUCGAGGAUGGAGCUGUGACCGCGUUCAUGGACCAGACAGUCUACGGUUGGACCAACGACACGGUACGCCCUGGUCUGGUCUGCCUGGCCAUCCUGGCGCAGUACCGAUCCGCGAAGCAGAUGAGCAGCAAGACCACCAAGGCACUAAUGAAGGUUGCCGACAUUGGCAAGCUCCUUGUUGAGAUUGGACAGGAGCGCCGAGUUGACAAGCUGGCCAACGGUCUUUGCCUCGCUCUGAUCGAAAGGCUUACCAAGAAGGGCGAUGCUCGAGGAUUGGCGACUAUUAUCACGAUCCUGAGCAGCCCGAUCCUGAAGGACAAGCAAGUUUCCGUCAUCUUCAAGUCUCUGAUCCUGACCGCGCAUCGGCUCAACGACGACAACGACGAGGAUGGCGCACUCCGACGGGAAUUGGGUUCGGCUUUGAUCACCCUGUCCCAGAGCACCGGCAAGUCUGGCGAUACCAUUCAGUCUGUCCUCGAGGAAGUCAAGUUCGAUAUCGAGGAAUUGGAGAUGAAGCUUGAUCUUUCGUUCCGUUCCAGAAGACUUCCCGAAGCCGCCAAGGAUGACCAGGAGAUGAACGACGGUACGGAGAAGAAGGCGCCUCAAGACCUGGGCCUGCUUCUCAAGGAGCUCUCUGAUCGAUCCGAGUCCCUCUCGCCUUGCCUCCAGCCUCAACCCUCGGAGAUCUUUGACGAGUUUAGCCACGCCUUCUUCUCCAUCGUCUCCGAGAGCUCUCAAAACUCCGGUCUGCUCUCCGAAUUCGAGCAAAACCCCAAGCUCCACCGUCAAUCAGCUUUCAAGGACUGCACCUACUUCAGCUUUUUCAUCCGUAUUUGGUGUGGGCCGUAUCCUGCCCUGGCUAGAGUUGCGGCGCUCGAAAUGGUCAAGAGGAGGCUCAAGGUUGGCGAUUCUGACAAGACUGACCUCCAAGCUCUGCUCCCUUACUGCAUUUCUGCGCUGAGCGAUCCUUCGAAACGAGUUCGCCAGGCCGCUGCCGACUUAAUCACCGUUCUCACCAGUCUAUACGUUCCACCAGUCCCUUCAAAAGGACUCACUGUCUGGGGUGCCGAGACUCUGUAUGGAAAAUCCAAGGACACAAAUUCACUGACUUCCGAUGUUGUCGCCAAGGUCCUCCACUUGCAGAUUCUGCCAACUGUUGAGGAGUGUGUUAUGGACCCUGAACACAUUUCUGCUGUUCUUAAGACGGCGAUUGAGCAAGGCAAAUACCAGUCAAAGCCUAAUGCUGCUCUCGACAAGAAGGACCACCUGUCUCAACCCGGAAGACUGGCCCUUCUCGAGUUCCUCGCCUCCCAUAUCGUCAACACUCCCCUGAUUCUUGUCAAGAACAGGCUGUUGAAGACUGUCAACGAAGUCCGCGGAGUUAGCACAACGACAAGAACGCAGCUCCUGCUUCCUGCUCUGCAGUGGUGGGCCGGUUUGAGCGAAGAAGAAGCGGCCCAGCUUUGCAGUUCGGAGCGCUUGGACAAGUCGGAUAUGGAUACUCGGUUUGUUGAUGUUGUUGUUCCCAACGAUACUGCCGGACUCGAGUUCUUCCUGGAGUUCCUGAGGGAACCGGAGCAGAGGGAGAAGGCUGAUCUCAUCCGUGCCAUGUUUGCCCGAAUCAAGAAGAUGUGGUCCUCAAUGAAGCCCGAGAUCAAGUUCAUAGCAGCUGAGCAACUGCUGGAGAUCUCGCAGGAAUCGACUGCUGCCGGUGACUCCAAGUCGGUUGUCCCCGCAGAGGCUUCGGACAUGCUGCGAAGUGUGCGCCUGACCACCGAUAUCCUCACCUACUUCCUCGACUCGAUCCAAACUGGUACCAAGAUGAUCACGGAACCCCCACCAAACAAGCGUCGCAGGACUAGCUCCUCUGGAGGUGACCGUGGCCUCAUCACCCAGGUCACCCCUGAGCUGAGCCAAGCUCUGCGAAAGGUUACCUUUGUUCUGCAGUUGGUUGAGAACUCGAACCCGGUUGAGCACCCCGAGCUUCUUGACGGCCUCUUUACAGCCCUGUCUGAGCUCCAGCACUUUAGAACAGUGGUGGGCUCUGAGCUGGGCUACCUGCAGAACCUCAUCCUCCGAAGCCUUCUUGCCAUGAUGCCCACGUACAAGGCCAACAAGAAGCUCAAGAUUGACAGCUCCGGCGGUUAUGGCGAUUUGCUUGUCAACUGCAUUCAGAAGUCAUCCAGCCCUGUUGUGCAGAACGCUGCUCUCCUCUUGAUCGCCAGCCUUGCUACAACGGCGCCAAACCUGGUGCUUCACAGUGUCAUGCCCAUCUUCACUUUCAUGGGUACUUCUGUCCUUCGUCAGAGCGACGACUACUCUGCCCAUGUUGUGGCUCAAACUAUCAAGGAGGUCAUUCCCCCAUUGAUCGAGUCUCUACGUCAGGGACAGAAGAGCCCUGUUGCUGGUGCCUCGGAUAUUCUCGUGAGCUUCACCACUGCUUACGAGCACAUCCCGGCCCACCGGAGACACGGUCUCUUUGUUGCUCUGGUUGAGACCCUUGGGCCCCAAGACUUCCUUCACGCCCUCGUCAGCAUGCUGGUUGAUCGAUAUGGCCCCAGCGAUGCCCUGUUGCAAUUCGUGAUUGAGUUGCUGAACCACUUCAGCAUUCAGACACAGCUGGAAACGCUUGUCAAGCUGCUCGAUCUCAUCGCUGAUCUGUUCAAGCCCAAGCCCGGAAUCUCGUUUGUCCUUCUCGGCAUUACCGAUGACAGGGACAAGGACAAGAAGGAUCUUGAGGAGAUUGCCCUCCGCCAGUUGUCGGCCUUCCCUAGCUUCUUGGCCAACAAGAAGCUCAGGGCUCAGAUUGGCGGCUUGAUGGAGAAGGACGACAUGGACGCUUCGCGACUGAGGGAACUGUACGCUACUCUGCUCGAGAACAUCCUCGUUCUUGCAGAUACUGUUAAGGCGACUAAGACUCUCCAUAACCGGUGCGGACAGGCUCUCUCAAACCACCUCAACUUGCUGUCUAUCGGCGAAUUCAUCAAGGCGGUUGAGAACCUGCUCGACCGGCCAGACAUGGGACUGCGACAAAAGGUUCUCCGGGCGCUCGAGGUCCGAGUCGAGCAGGAGAGCAACACAGACCCAGCAUCAAGAUCUGUGUUGCUGGCCUUCCUGCCCCAGCUCACAGCUGGAAUCAGGGAGUCCAACGACAUGCGGUACAAGCACACUGCUGUCACAUGUGUGGACAAGAUCGCCGAGAAGUAUGGCAAGAAGGAUAUUGAGGCAGUGGUGGCGGCAGCGACUACGAUUGCUGGUGAACACUGCCUCGGACAGUCUGAGGAACGUCUCCGUGUCAUGGCUCUCCUGUGCCUGACAUCGCUCGUGGACGUGCUACAGGAUGCCAUUGUGCCGGUUCUGCCAAGCGCGAUUCCCCAAGCCGUUGCCUACCUCAACGAUAGCCUGGCGGAAGACGCUCGGGAUGAGGAGCUUCACGUGGCAAGUUACGGAUUCAUCAGCUCUCUCGCCGAACACCUCCCUUACAUGCUCUCGACUUACAUCGACCGCAUCCUGGAGGUGUCCAACAAGUCAGCCGAGGUUGAUCUUGAGGAUGAGACAAGAGAAAGCCGCGUUGAUUGCCUCCACUUCCUGGCUAAGCAGCUCGAGGCGAAGGAGAUAUUCUCGGCUUUGGACCGAAACUGGGAGAGUGCCAGGAGCUCUGGAUUUUCUGCUGUGGCGGAAUAUCUCGAUGUUCUGGGCUUGGCCAUUGACAAGCACCCCAAGUCUGGCAUCAGCAAGAAUGCCACGCUCCUGUCGGGCAUUCUGAUGAAGGCCUUUGACCUUCGACGACAAGAACAUGCCAAGGGCGAGGUGGGCGAGCAGAGCCUCUUGAAGCUCAGCGCUCUGGACGCGAGCACAAAUGACAAGGGACUCAAGAUGAUCUACAAGCUCAACGACGCGGCGUUCCGGCCAGUGUUUGUGCAAUUGAUUGAGUGGUCAAGCUCUGGCCUGCCCAAGAGUGACCGGGCCGGCCGUUCACUACGACAGUACAGCGUAUACGGGUUCCUACAGGUCUUCUUUGGAAACCUCAAGUCGAUUGUCACCAACUACGCGACGUACAUUGUGGAGGAUGCAGUAAAGGUUCUGCAGACGGUGGACCUCAGCAAGCCUGAGGAGCGACAGCUGUGGACGAGGGUGCUGCAGACGUUGGCAAACUGCUUCGAGCACGAUCAGGAUGACUUCUGGCAGGCACCAGCACACUUCAGUGCCGUUGGGCCGGUGUUGAUGGAGCAGUUCUCACAUGCCGGGUCAGUCGACGUGACAGAGGACUUGAUCCCGACGACGGUGGAGUUGGCCUCGGCGGCAGAUUCACAAGCUCACCAGAAGGAGCUCAACUCGGCACUUCUGAAGCACCUUCGAUCUGAAUCUGCUGCAGUGCGAUUGGCGGCUGUCAAGUGCGAGCAGGCACUGACAGACCGGCUGGGAGAGGAGUGGCUGUCGAUGCUGCACGAGAUGCUGCCUCGGAUCAGCGAACUGCAGGAGGAUGACGACGAGGUGGUCGAACGGGAGACGCACCGAUGGAUUGUCAAGAUUGAGGGAGUGUUGGGUGAGAGUCUGGACGCCAUGUUGCAGUAG